CUGUCGAACGAGUCGCUUCCUUUAGGGUUCUGCGACAACAGAACCAAGCGGGAGAACGACUAAAACAAGACUCCGUGAACACACUUAAAUAUAUAUAUAUAUAUUUUUUUUUUUUAUCCAACCAGGAAGCUACGCGACAAAAAAAAAAAACUGAGGCGAAAGAGAGCCGGAACGACAUCGCCGCGUUUUUUACUUUUAAAAUAGCGGGUCAAAAAGUGACAAAAAAAGAAGAGGGACGUGACAUUUUUUGGGGGGAGAAACAAGACCACAAUUAGGCAUGACAGAGGCUUUUUCCCGACUUGACGUUUAGAACAGCGGCGCCGAGGAAGUUUUGCCAUUAUUCCUCACGACUUCAACCGAGGCGAAGAAGACGACAAACAAACAAGACGACAAGGAGAAGCCGUUGCCUUACCGACACCGCCAUGGAUUCUGGAAAGCAAAUAACCUUCCCAUUGAUGCUGUGCGUUGGGACCGCUGUGAUUGGCUCCCUGCAGUUCGGAUACAACACGGGUGUCAUCAAUGCGCCUCAGAAGAUCAUCGAGAACUUUAUCAACGCCACGUGGCUUGCGCGUUACCAGGACCCCAUUUCGGGCAACACCCUCAAAGCUAUCUGGUCCAUCGCCGUGGCCAUCUUCUCCGUUGGCGGCAUCUUCGGCUCCUUUUCGGUCGGUGUCUUUGUCAAUCGCUUUGGAAGGAGAAACGCCAUGUUCUUGGCCAACGUCCUGGCCCUGGUCUCGUCAGCCCUGAUGGGCUUCUCCAAGACGGCGUCCUCCUUCGAGAUGCUCAUCAUCGGACGCUUUGUGGUGGGCUACUACUCGGGGCUCUCCACCGGCUUGGUGCCCAUGUAUGUGGGCGAGGUGUCGCCCACGGCGCUCCGCGGGGCUCUGGGGACUCUCCACCAGCUCGGUAUCGUCGUGGGCAUCCUCAUUGCGCAGGUUUUUGGAUUGGAGGCCAUCAUGGGCAACGCCGAUUUGUGGCCGCUCCUCUUGGGCUUCAUCUUCAUCCCGUCGGUGAUGCAGUGCAUCCUGCUGCCUUUCUGCCCAGAGAGUCCGCGUUUCCUGCUCAUCAACAAAAACGAAGAAAACAAAGCCAAGACCGUCCUGAAGAAGCUGAGGGGCACCAACGACGUGAGCGCCGACAUGCAAGAGAUGAAGGAGGAGAGCCGGCAGAUGAUGCGGGAGAAGAAGGUGACCAUCCUGGAGCUGUUCCGCUCGCCGCUGUACCGCCAGCCUCUCCUGGUGGCCGUAGUGCUGCAGCUUUCCCAGCAGCUGUCGGGCAUCAACGCUGUCUUCUACUACUCCACGAGCAUCUUUGAAAAGGCCGGCGUGGCGCAGCCGGUCUACGCUACCAUCGGAGCCGGUGUCGUCAACACGGCUUUCACUGUGGUAUCGCUGUUUGUGGUCGAGCGCGCGGGCCGCAGGUCUCUCCACCUGCUGGGGCUGCUGGGAAUGGCCGCUUCGGCGCUCCUGAUGACCAUCGCCAUGGCGCUGCUGGACCAAGUCAAGUGGAUGUCCUACCUGAGCAUCGUGGCCAUCUUCGCCUUCGUGGCCUUCUUCGAGAUCGGACCGGGUCCCAUCCCCUGGUUCAUCGUGGCCGAGUUGUUCUCUCAAGGCCCGAGGCCUUCGGCCAUGGCCGUGGCCGGGUUCUCCAACUGGACCGCCAACUUCAUCGUGGGGAUGGGCUUCCAGUAUUUAGCUACGGCGUGCGGCCCCUACGUCUUCGUCAUCUUCAUCGUGAUGCUGCUCUUCUUCUUCGUCUUCACCUACUUCAAGGUCCCCGAGACCAAGGGCCGGACUUUUGACGAGAUCGCGUCGGGCUUCCGCCGGAGCGCCGUCACGGGCGGCGAGAAGCCCGAGGAGCUCAACAGCCUGGGGGCCGACUCGCAGCUCUAGAGCGGCCCGAGCCGCGGGACAAAAUUCUCGAUCGCAGUGAAGGAGGUGCGAGGGAGGGGAGGGGGAGGAGGAGGAGGAGGAGGAGGAGGAGGAGGAGGCCAGGGGUCCCGGCGUAGAAUCCUUUUCACACUGUCAGCACAUUUCGGUUGUUUUCACCGCGUGUGGCCUUUGUUAACGUCUUCUGCUCGCCACCCCCGUACCGACACUCGUACAGACACACACCUCCUAACGUGUCACACAUAAAAAAAAAAAAAAAAAAAAAAAAAAAACGCGUCGGGCAGCGUGCGGCCCGGGAGAUGCGAAAGAGGCGCGUCGGAAGGUUUUUGAUAUUUCAAUGAAGGAACAAGACAGCUUCUUUUUUUUGUGUGUGUGUGUGUGGAAUUAAUUUUUUUACAGAUCUACUUUUUCACUGAGCAAAACAUACUGUAAAAUGCUGGAAUGGAACACUGUAGACUUUCGCACUGUAGCUGCUGCAUGGCUUCCUCCUCUAGGUGGCGCACUUUUCAAUUAAAUUAGCCCCCCCCUACAAACACACACAUCUCCACUGCAAUAGUUACUGAGGAAAAAGUGAUGUAGUUCACGGCUUGUUACUAUAUCUUUGUGCUCUUUUUAACAUGUAUUUAUAUUACUCAGUGACUCUUGAUUGACAAUAUUUUACCCCUUUUUAAAAAAAAAAAAAUGUUUAUUUUUUUUUUAAUGUUUAUAUGUAGUUGAUCAUAUUCAUGCAGAGGAGUUCAGGGCCAGCCUGAAAAAAUAGGAGGAUAAAGUCAUAGAAUUAUGACUAGUAUAUACGGUUUUAUGAAACUAAAACUUCAAGGCUAUGAUUUAUGAAAUUGCAGUUUUAAAGAAAACAAAAAUCUUUAUUCAGGGCCUGAUGAAGCUAUGAUGCUAUCAUCAUAAAAUUCUAAAUUUAUGAGAAUAAAUCAGUCAACAAUGAAAACCUUUGCAUUAUGUUCAUGCUUGGAACUUAAAAGAAUAAAAUUUUCUGGAAACAUUUUUUAUGAGAUUAUGAACUCAUAUUUUUUUAUGUGGAAUUUUUUUUAAUCUAAAUUGUAUGAGCACAGUUUAAUACUUUAACAAUAAACACAAUUGCAAUAUAUGAUAUGCUAUCAUGAUAAAAUUCGAAAUUUAUGAGAAUAAAUGAACUUUUUCAACAAUGAAAACCUCUGCAUUAUAUUCAUGCUUGUAACUUAAAAGAAUAAAAUUCCAAUAUCGUGAUCAAUAUAAAUUUUCUGGAAACAUUUUUUAUGAGAUUAUCAACUCAUAGUUUUUGAUGUGGAAAAAUUUUUAAAAAAUCUAAAUUGUAUGAGCACAAUUUAAAACUUUUAACAAUAAAGACAAUCGCAAUAUAAGACGCAAAAUAUAUACAGAUAUUGUUAUAAAUAUGUGAGUAAUGAAAAAAAUAAGACUAAAGUAGGAAUAUUGCAAAAAUAUUUUACAGAAAUAAAAUUCAUUGAACGUUUAAUUAUAUUAUGUGACUGUAAAGUUAUCAAAGGUAUGCUAGUGUAGAAUUAUGGAUUUGACAGGAAUGGUCAUAUUUCUUUAAAAUAGAACUGUAAUAUUCCUGAAAACAGUCACAGUGUUACUGCAAGUAAAAUGAAUUUUUAAUAAGCACAAAUACUGGAUCACAUUUGUGAGCAUUGGGACAUCCAAUUUAUCAAAUACAUGAUUUUUUUUCUGUAAUUUGCUUUUUUUCCCCCCUGAUACUGCUGCGUACAGUCAGCCAUGAAUUUAAUCGUACAUUUUUUUUUAAGAGGAGUUGAAUCAGAAUUUUAUUAUUAAAAAAAAAUGUGCACAAUUUUAUUCUUAUUCUCAUCUGGAAUGUUUUUUUUUUUAUUCUGUCAGAACCUCCCAUGUGGGGACAGUAACUUUUUAGAGUGCGUGGGAGAGGAAAAGAAUGGACCAAAAAAGUGAAUGUCAGCCCGAUUUCCUUGUUCUCGGAUCAAGCCUCCCCCCCGCCAUCGCGCGUGUCGCCGUUCGCCGCCAUGUUGUUGAGCUCGCUCGGCCUCGCCGUUUUCCUGCUGCUGUGAUCGCUGCUCUCGUCUUUUUUGUUUUGAGGAAACCAUAAAAACGAAGAUUAAAUAUAUAUAUAUAUAUAUACACAUUUUAGCAGCACUUUAUUAUUCAUAUUUUCUCUUGUCUCGGAAGCAACUCAAAUCUUUGUUACAGAGGGGCGGAAGGAUGACGUGAUGUCUCGUGAGAUGGGAUUGUGUCAUAUUUGCUUUUUUUUUUUUUUUUUUUUUUUUUUUUAUAAAUAAAG